GAAGAAAGCAUUGAAAACAUCUGUGAACAAGUGUGAGAGUGUUAUUUAGGAGCUGUGGAUGUUCUAUGGCUUUGGCUUUAAUGAAUAAGUUGUUGAGAUGCAGAAUUUCUGGGGGAUCCUCCUGUCUCCAUUGAAUUGGGACAAAUCUAUGAGUUGCUUGAGUACAAUUGGAAAGUUUGCUUAGUAUUGAGUCAGACUAUAAAUGUAUCGUAGUAUUAAGACUCUGAGGUAAUAAAAGCUGAGGCCAGUGAAAAAUUUGUAGUCUUAAGACUGCUUCAUUAUUAAAAUUGUACUUUGUUACUGUAUACCUGUAAAAGAGCUUGUUUUUGAAGAUGAUGUUGGUUAUUUAGGUAAACUCAUAUAUGUAUGCAUUUUAAACAAGAAGGUAUAACAGAGUAAUUGCAGAGAAACAUAAAGCUUUCACUUUUUGUCUUAAGUCCUCAUUCCAAAUAUUUUUUUUUUAAAGAUAGCUCCAGUUAAGUGCGAAGCUGUAUAUUAAGAGUUCUAACUGGUCUUAAGUUUGUCACUGUCCUUUUUGCCCUCUCCUCCUGGCUACAUGCUUUUCCUUCCCCCUUUAUCCAGCUCUGGCACUUGUUUGGCCCUUCUUCAUUAAGUCAAUUUGAUAACCUAAUCAUGUGAAAGUGAUUUCUGGUUAUCAAGACCCUGCUCACUGAAGGACCCGAAGGGUUUCAAGGCUGUUGUAAAGGGAUCAGUAUUGCUGAAAGCACAAAUAGAGAGUUUUGAAAUAAUUGCUUCAUUGGCACCAACUAACAGUUUGAGAAGAUCUACUGGGAAAAAUGGGUCGAUCUAACUCUAGAUCGCAUUCUUCAAGAUCAAAAUCCAGAUCCCAGUCCAGCUCUAGGUCAAGGUCCAGGUCACAUUCUAGGAAAAAGAGAUACAGUUCUAGGUCUCGGUCAAGGACGUAUUCACGAUCUCGCAGCCGGGAUCGUAUUUAUUCUAGAGAUUAUCGCAGAGAUUACAGAAAUAAUAGAGGAAUGAGACGUCCCUAUGGUUACAGAGGAAGAGGUAGAGGGUAUUAUCAAGGAGGAGGUGGUAGAUACCAUCGUGGAGGUUAUAGGCCUGUCUGGAACCGAAGACACUCCCGAAGUCCUAGGCGUGGUCGUUCACGUUCCAGAAGCCCAAAACGAAGGUCUGUGUCUUCCCAGAGGUCCCGGAGCAGAUCUCGUCGAUCUUACAGAUCUUCCAGAUCCCCGAGGUCCUCUUCAUCUCGUUCUUCAUCCCCAUACAGCAAAUCACCUGUCUCUUCCAAAAGACAUGCGUCUCUGGAAAAGCAGGCAAAGAAAACUGAAGGGGCUCCUUUGCAAGAUAGCCCUUUGAAAAAUAAAUCACAAGAUGAACAGAAAGAUACAUUUGAACAUGACCCAUCAGAGUCUCUUGACGAUUUUAACAAAUCAUCAGCAGCUUCUGGCGACAUUUGGCCUGGCCUUUCAGCGUAUGAUAACAGUCCAAGGUCACCUCAUAGUCCUUCUAUUGCCACCCCACCUAGUCAGAGUUCAUCUUGCUCUGAUGCCCCUUUGCUUAGCACAGCCCACUCAGCAAAGGACACACCUCAACAUUCCCAUUCCAUUCAGCAUAGUCCUGAGAGGUCUGGCUCUGGUUCUGUUGGAAAUGGUUCUAGCCGUUACAGUCCUUCUCAGAAUAGUCCAUUGCAUCACAUCCCUUUGAGGAGAAGCCCUGCAAAGACAAUCCCAUCACAGAGCGCUCCCCGUGAGGAGGCUCGAGUGCGGUCAUUUUAUCCUGAGGGUGGUGAACAGGAAACUGCAAAAGGUGGAAAGUUUAUGAAAAGGUACACAGAUGAAGAGUCUAGAGUAUACCUGCUUGAUAGGGGUAAUACCAGGGAGAAGGAGGCCCAGAAGGAGAGAGGAUCAGAAAAAGGGAGGACAGAGGGAGAAAGGGAAUGGGAGGAACAGGAAACUUUAGAUUUUUUCGUUGAUAAAGAGACUGGGAAAGAAAAGUUUAAUGACUCUGAAGGGGAGGACACAGAGGAGACAGAGGAUUACAGACAGUUCAGAAAGUCUGUCCUGGCAGAUCAGGGUAAAAAUUUUCCUACUGCAUCUCACCGGAAUGCUGAGGAGGAAGGAACCAAAUACAAAUCUAAAAUAUCAAACAAGGGCAGUAGAGAGAGCGAUGGAUUUAGAGAUGAGAAAAGUUAUAAGCCUAAAGAGACUGGCUAUGUAGUGGAAAGGCCUAGUGCCACAAAAGAUAAGCACAAGGAAGAAGACAAAAGUUCUGAGAGACUAAUGAUGAAGAAAGAAAGUCAGUCACCUGAGCAGGUAAAGUCUGAAAAGCUCAAAGAACUCUUUGAUUACAGUCCCCCUCUACACAAGAAUCUGGAUGCGAGAGAAAAAUCCACCUUCAGAGAGGAGAGCCCACUUAGGAUCAAAAUGAUAGCCAGUGACUCCCAUCGUCCUGAAGUUAAACUCAAAAUGGCACCGGUACCUCUUGAUGAUUCCAAUAGACCUGCUUCCUUGACUAAAGACAGGCUGCUUGCUAGCACACUUGUCCAUUCUGUCAAGAAGGAGCAAGAAUUCCGAUCCAUCUUUGACCACAUUAAGUUGCCACAGGCCAGCAAAAGCACGUCAGAGUCAUUUAUUCAGCACAUUGUGUCCUUGGUUCAUCAUGUCAAAGAGCAAUACUUCAAGUCAGCUGGAAUGACCCUAAAUGAGAGGUUCACUGCAUAUCAAAAAGCUACUGAAGAACACUGCACCCGGCAAAAGAGCCCAGAAAUACAUAGGAGGAUUGACAUUUCUCCGAGUACCCUGAGGAAGCAUACCCGUUUAGCAGGUGAAGAGAGAGCCUUUAAAGAAGACAGUCAAAAAGGAGAUAAAAAAUUAAGGUGUGAUUCUGCUGAUCUUCGGCAUGACAUUGACCGACGUAGAAAAGAGCGAAGUAAAGAGCGAGGAGACUCAAAGGGUUCCAGGGAAUCCAGUGGGUCAAGAAAGCGGGAGAAAACGCCAAAAGAUUACAAGGAUUACAAAUCUUACAAAGAUGACAGUAAACAGAAAAGAGAUCAAGACCGUGCUCGGUCCUCCCCAUCUUCCUCCCCAUCUUCUUCCUCAUCCAGUUCUCGAGAAGAAAAGGAUUGCAAGAAGGAAAGAGAUGAAGAGUUCAAAACCCACCAUGAACAGAAGGAAUACUCUAGUUUUGCAGGAGUCAACAGGCCAAGAGGCACAUUUUUUCGAAUUAGGGGCAGAGGAAGAGCCAGAGGAGUCUUUGCUGGAACAAAUACUGGUCCCAGCAACUCAAAUACUACUUUUCAGAAGAGGCCGAAGGAAGAGGAAUGGGAUCCUGAAUAUACCCCAAAAAGCAAGAAAUACUUCUUGCAUGAUGACAGAGAUGAUGGUGUGGAUUACUGGGCCAAAAGAGGGAGAGGUCGUGGUACUUUCCAGCGUGGCAGAGGGCGUUUUAACUUCAAGAAGUCGGGUAGCAGUCCAAAGUGGACGCAUGACAAAUAUCAAGGGGAUGGGAUUGUGGAAGAUGAAGAAGAAACAAUUGAGAACAAUGAAGAAAAGGACAGACGCAAAGAGGAAAAGGAAUAACCCUGGAAGAAGGUUGUAGCUGAAAGAGCAGCUCUUGCACCACCCACUCAACAUUUUUAAUAUGUUUUUUUGUUGUCAAAUGAAUGUAAGCAUUUUACUUAAAAUUUUACUGUUGGAAAGUAGUUUAGAGGGAUUGUUUUUGUUUUAAGCCUUUAGAAAAAAAUCUUGAUAUAGUAAACUAUGUUAAUGAUCGUACAGGUAGAAAGUAAAAUAUUUGUAACAACUUUUAAGAAAUUUUACUGUUUGUUAUAUGCAGUGUAAUUCUGCUUUGUCCAAAUAUAUGGUCAAGUACAAAUCUAAAAGUUUUGAUUCUCCCCUAUGUCUGUGUUUUAUUCUGAAGUAAACUUACAGCUCUGCACACCUGAAAUGUUGGAGCAGCAUCUUUUAUAAACUUAUUACUAUUUCUGUGUUGUCUUUUUAUAAGAAGUGUAUUUAAGGCUAGUUAUCCAGUCGUAGUGUAAGUACAAGCAGUUGUGCAAAAUGCUGAUUGUAUGUUAGUUUAUGAGAAUCACACUUACAUAGUGAUAAACCUGGAUUUUUAUUCCACCCUGCUA